UCUUUCUUUCUUUCUUUAAGUUCUCAGUUUCUAGUGAGACCAGAACAGAAUUAAGAGUGUCUGAACAGUGGGAAGUCCUUAUAAAGGCACUAAACAGGUGGCUGGAAGACCACCAGCGCCCCCCUUUUUAUGGAAAUAUGAAGAUGUCCCUGUAGUUUUAUCUGUAUAGUUUAACUCAGAGACUGUAAAAAAAGAUGGAAGCCGUGUCUCCGUUCCCAUUCAUUCAAUGAAAAUGAAGCCAAAAUCUUCCGCCAUGUUGGCGAUCCUGACACCCGAUUCUGCGCAAUAGUGACCAGAGGAGGGAGAAAGACUGUGGAUAGCAACCUACUCAUUUGAAUAACCCCGCCCCUGAGGGCUGCCUCGCGGUCACAGACUGCAGAGCGGGGCGGAGCGGAGCUGACGGUCUGUUAUUGGUCCCGCCCAUAAGCAGCCCUUUUACAAUAACCACACCUUUUUUGAAUAGAGCUGAAUAACGUUUUAAAAAACGAGUUCUGUGGGGAUAUAAAAUUUUGACAAUAUAAGCAGAGGUUACUGUUGCAUUUAAAUAAUGGAGGUAGAAUAGGCUCUAAGCAUCAGCAGCAGUGACAUAUUUCCGCUUUGGUUUAUACCGGCACUCUUACUUCCUGUUUGCAUUUUUAGCAGCGAGUACUACAGGAUAUGUGGAGUUUAUAGCGAACGCAAAUGCAAUAUUAUAUCGGAAGGUAGCCUGUGCUCCUACAUGGGGAUCUGCCCUAUUUUAUCCCUAUUCUGAAAGCAGCGUGAGAUGCAUGCUUUAUGAUGAAUUUCACCAGAUCAGCGCUCCAGCGCUCAGAUAAAUACAUGGUGGACGGAGCCGGCACUGCCAGGGAGUGUCUCUACAAAUGGAUGAACAUGGGCCAGGAAAGAUGAACUCCGGUCAGACCGGCUGGAGGCAGCGUUAGCUCCUUUUAUAAAUGAAAAUAUUCUCCUGAAAUUCACCACCAACAACCAGGAUAUUUAUCAAAAGAUCAAAGUUAAACUGCUGAAAGAGGGGAAGCACAAGCAAUCCUGAAGAAUCUGGAGAACACACAAAAAUAGUUUGCUACAUUUAACAGACAAAUAAAGCCAAGUCCCGACAUGGAGAAACAUCAGCACUCUGUCAAGAGUUUUACUAAACAGAGUGAUCUCAAAAAACACCAGCGCAUUCACACAGGAGAGAAACCAUAUCACUGCUCAGACUGUGGAAAGAGUUUUACUGAACAGAGUACUCUCAAACUCCACCAGCGCAUUCACACAGGAGAGAAACCGUAUCACUGCUCAGACUGUGGGGGGAGUUUUAAUCGACAGAGUCAUUUCCAACAACACCAGCGCAUUCACACAGGAGAGAAACCGUAUCACUGCUCAGACUGUGGGAAGAAUUUUAAUCAACAGAGUACUUUCAAAACACAUCAGCGCAUUCACACAGGAGAGAAACCGUACCACUGCUCAGACUGUGGGAAGAGUUUUAAUCAACAGGGUCAUCUCAAACUGCACCAGCGCAUUCACACAGGAGAGAAACCGUAUCACUGCUCAGACUGUGGGAAGAUUUUUACUACCCAGAGUGAACUUAAACAACACCAGCGCAUUCACACAGGAGAGAAACCAUAUUACUGCUCAGACUGUGGGAAGAGUUUUAAUCAACAGGGUCAUCUCAAACUGCACCAGCGCAUUCACACAGGAGAGGAACCGUACCACUGCUCAGACUGUGGGAAGAGUUUUAAUCAACAGAGUACUCUCCAACAACACCAGCGCAUUCACACAGGAGAGAAACCGUAUCACUGCUCAGACUGUGGGAAGAGUUUUAAUCAACAGAGUAAUCUCAAAAUACACCAACGCAUUCACACAGGAGAGAAACCGUAUCACUGCUCAGACUGUGGGAGGAGUUUUAAUCAACAGAGCAAUCUCAAAAUACACCAGCGCAUUCACACAGGAGUAAAACCAUAUUACUGCUCAGACUGUGGGAAGAUUUUUACUACCCAGAAUGAUCUUAAAAAACACCAGCGCAUUCACACAGUAGAGAAACCGUAUCACUGUUCAGAUUGUGAGAAGAGUUUUGCUACACAGAGUCAACUUAAAAAUCAUCAGCGCAUUCACACAGGAGAGAAAACUGUCCCAAAUUUGUUCCACGGCAAUAAAAAUCUUUCAGACAGAACACCUUAUCCUACACAAAUGUUUCACUCUGUCACUUGGGACACAUUCCACCAGAAAUAAACAUGAACUGAAUUUAACAAUGGAUUUUACAGGUUCAGCAAAAAGAAUCUGAUCCAGAUGAUGUUUAUUGAAAUUAAUGUUAUGUUUUCUCGUACGUUUGAUAUUCCAGGACAUUCACUCGUUGAUGUACUUUUACUCUUUUCUAAUAUAUAUUUAUAUAUAUAUGUAAUGCUGAAACUAUUUUUCCAGUAAACUUUCAUACAUUUUAAAUUCUAAGCUCUGACUCAUUGGUCAUCAUUUCGUGUUCAUAACACUAACUUUACCAAGUGCAGAUGCGGUCACUGCACUGCCGUGCCGACUGCAACCGAGUGUAUUUGCUGUCAGGAGGCUAACGUGGACCAUUUGCUCAGAGAUCUUCCCUGCAGAACCCUGAGCAGAACUUUUCAGAUGCUUGUCUGAGAGCCAGAAUUUUUGGAGGUGUCUAUUCUCUCUCUAUGUGAGGUCCAUGCAGAAACCCUGCAGCCCGUCAACAGCAGGUAUUGCCAUCCCAUAAACUAGCCUGUUUAUAUACAUUUAAAUAUUUAGCAUGUAAAGUCCAGAGUUCAUUAAGACUGAUUGUUGAUAAACCGUUCAGUUUGUAAGUUAAAAGGCUUGCUGGGUAGCUAGCUUUAUUUAGCUAGUGUAAGCUAGCAUUGGCUAGCUAUCUUAAAAAGGCUAGCAUUAGCUAUUUAGCUCACUAACUUAGCAGGCUAAGUAGCUAAUGCUAGCUUUGUUAUCUGUUAACUGUCAGCUGUGUGUGGUUUGGCUCAUUCCGUGCAGCUCACAGCUGCUGCUUUUAUAGUAACUCCAGUCGGACGGUCUGAACAUCCCAGCUGUUCAGAGUUAAAAUUAAAAAGGAGGAAAAAAGCCUCGGACUUCAGCUUAUUUGUCCAGCGAACAACUAAAUUAAUGCUCUUGACUCAAAAACCCUUUCCUCCAUAGUCUUCGUGUAGAAAAUGCUCGCUACUAACCCUAGCAUUGUGGCUAACCCUAUAAAAUUAUACUACACCCAAUAUUGCUACACCCAGGGGCAAUACAAAGGUGCCCUCUUUGCAUCUAUUUUUGGUUUGGCUUUUAUUAUCCAUUAAGGAACCAGUGUAGGCUAAUAGUUAUUUAUAUGUUAGGUGUUGGAGAACCAACCUCGAGACGUCACUUACAGCGCUGGAACAAGAUGGCGCUACACUUACUUAAAAAAUGACGUUUAGAUUGCUUAUUAUUUUAACUCAGUUUCACUGACAACUGUUAAACUUAUAAAAUUUGUUAGAGUAAAAACUCAUCUUGCGAAUUAUAUUAAAUAUUGAAGUGUUUCAUGUCCACUUUAAUAUUAGCUAAUGUAGCUAACUAAGACAUUCCAAACUGAAAAAAGUAGAUAAAGUUAGCUAAAGUAGAUAACUAAAAUAUUCCACACUGAAAUAAUGUAGUUAACAUUAGCUAGCUAGCUAAAUCAUUCCACACUGAAACAUAGUUGACAUUACCAAACAUUAGCUAACCAAGCUAUCUAAAACAUUCCACACUGAAAUUAAGCAGUUAAAAUUACCUAAAGUAGCUAACUCAAACAUUCCACACUGAAAUAAAGUAGUUAACAUUAGCUAACCUAGCUAGCUAAAAGAUUCCACACUGAAAUAAUGUAGUUAACAUUAGCUAACCUAGCUAGCUAAAACAUCCCACACUGGAAAAAAAAGGGGGUUAAAAUUACCUAAAGUACCUAGCUGAAAGAGUACACACUGAAAUAAAGUUGUUAAUAUUAGCUAACCUAGCUAGCUAUAAAGAUUCCACACUGAAAUUAUAAGCAGUUAAAAUUACCUAAAGUAGCUAACUCAAACAUUCCACACUAAAAUAAAGUAGUUAACAUUAGCUAACCUAGCUAACUCAAACAUUCCACACUAAAAUAAUGUAGUUAACAUUAGCUAACCUAGCUAACUAAAUCUUUCCACUUUGAAAUGAAGUAAACAUUGGCUAACCUAGCUAGCUGAAACAUUCCACACUGAUAUAUAGUUAAUAUUAGUUAACCUAGCUAGCUAGAUCGUUCCACUUUCAAAUAAAUUAAACAUUAGCUAACCAAGCUAACUAAAUCAUUCCACACUGAAAUAGAGUAGUUAACAUUAGCUAACCUAGCUAGCUAAACAAUUCCACUCUGAAAUAAAAUAUUUAACAUUAGUUAACCUAGCUAUCUAAAUCUUUACAGUUUGAAAUGAAGUAAACAUUAGCCAACCUAGCUAGCUAGAUCGUUCCACUUUUAAAUAAAUUAGACAUUAGCUAACCUAGCUAGCUAAAACAUUCCACACUGAAAUAAAGUAGUUAACAUUAGCUAACCUAGCUAGCUAAAACAUUCCACACUGAAAUAAAGUGGUUACAUUUAGCUAACCUAGCUAGCUAAAACAUUCCACACUGAAAUAAAAUAUUUUCUAAGAACAUCUCAGUAAGACAGGUUAUUGUUAGUUGUUGAGGUUGUCUGUCAGUUUAAAGUAUAGUUUGCUAGCAAUCAUUUUCUGAUUAUCACCACUUAGUAUCUGCAGGUCCCCAUUAACAAUUAAUUAAAUUAAUAAGUAAUACCAACAAAUUGCACUUCUUACUAGUUGUUUCUAAGAUGAUUUCUGCUCGCAUUGCAGUCCUUAUUAAUUACUUUAUUACUUAAUUGUUUUAAGACAUAUUAAAAACAAGUUCAUACAUUUUUACCCCCAGUUACAAUGACUAGUAUGAAGUCCUUUUUCAUGAAGCAAUGUUUACCCAGCUAUUAAAACACUCACUGAUGUUA